ACGAGCAACGGCACUUUUCAAUUCAGACUGGUGCCGCCACCGCAUGACUGACUGAUGGAGGGUAUAUUUACCUGCGUGAGGUGCACGAGGACCCUCACAGCACUAGGACGACAACGCGCAAGUUCUCGAUUCCCACGGUCCUCACCCAGCAGUCGAUGGUUUUCACAGAGCUCGGCUGUCUACCAUCCACCCAAGAAAGCAACCAACAACCUCCGCCCAGCAGUGGCCGAGAGCUCCAAAUAUUCUCUACGAGCAUCGUCGACCUCUUCAGCGCCUCUAACAGAACCAGACAACUUUGAACGUCACAACAUCCCUCCCACCGAUUAUGGCGAAUGGCGCGCCCAUGGACGAACUCUUCUCCAACCAGACAAUCUCUUCCACCGUUUCUCUGAAUCUCCAAUCCCCGAAAUCAGACAAAGAGCUCGUUAUAUGAAACAACAUGCCCUGUGCCCACACCCUGCACAUCAGCAGACUCGAGUCCCCGUGUCACCGCAUGAUCCGGAGGGUCGAAAAGUUGCUGGAAAGAGCACACAGCCACCUGCCCAUGUCAACUUUGAAUGUCCCGAUUGCGGUAUUGCCACAUACUGCUGUGAAGAGCAUUGGGCCGAUGACUUUGAAGCACAUCUCGAAAUCUGUGAUACUUUGAGACAGAUCAAUGAGGAUGACCAUGACUUGAGGUCUGGAAGAUGGUUCCCUGAAUUCGAAUACCCCGGUCCGCAGCUGGAUGAGAUCUUGGUCAAUAUGACUAGUUGGGAUACCUUUCUGUACACUCGGCAAUUCGAGGCCAUCAACGCAGACCGCAGCAUGCGACAGGCCACGAGACUAUUGACCUACCCCUUGACGAUCGGUAGUGUUCUUCACGAGCUGAGUCCAUAUAAUAUUCGACGAGGUGGAAGAUUGACACCAGAAGGGUUGAAGAGUUUCAGCGCUCUACGAUAUACACUUCAUCCUCCACGACAAGGUCAAGGCAUUGAUGUCGCUGGUCUUCGUUUGGCUUCCCCUCCAGUGCGAAUAUUCAUCCUCGGAGCUCGUGCCGAGUCUUCCUUACCACGUGAAGUCUGGACUCAACUCAAUCACAUCUUUCCUCGAUCACUUAUCCACUUAAUUUUCAUUGGACCUGAAUCCAUGGCCAACCGGGACGGCGAGUUUCCACUGCCAGAGAGGACACCGACAAAUCCAUUCGGAGCAAUUGUCGAAGAUCGUAUUUCGGAAAAGAUGAAGAUCACGACGUAUGUCGAGUAUUUCCACACCUUGCAUGAAGCCAACCAAUUCUAUCCGUACGACCCAUACUUUGAUUGUUUCAUGCUAUUCCACCCGGGACUCGGACAUCCCGCGUCAUCACAAGAGUGGGAACAGACACUUCCACAGCUCCUGGCGACCAAAGUACCUAUCCUCGCCACCGGUUAUACCGAAUUCGACAUGUAUCGAGAUUGGCAGUGGGUGAUGGACACGUGCGCGGGAGAAGUCGAUCUCUUGAUGGAACCUGGCGAGAACAGAUUCCGUUCGUUGAGAUGGGAUUUGAAUGACCUAGACCCCCAGGAUAUCAGUUGUGGUAAUUGGGGUGUCUGGGCGUUUAGAGGUAAAAGAUAUGAAGCAACCCAUCGAAAUGUAGAAUAGUCAUCAAUACAGCAAUAGGCUCAGGUGUAUAAAAACCGCAUGGUUGUCAUUCACUACCUUAGGUACUUGACAUUGGGUUCUUACAAUGUACACACUAUGGUGAAAAAGAUCCCAAAUCCAAAGCUUGACCUCAGACGCGAGGAACUCCCGGAUGCACUGUGCCGGGAUGAACAGGGAUGAAAUGGAAUAUUUGCCCCAUCAACCCAAACAUGACGUUCUAGAAAAACCUGCAGAUCGAAGAUCAGUCAUGAAGGCGGCUAUGGGAGAUAGCACGAUGGUGUGUGGAUGAUAAUUAAGGCAGUGCAUCAAAUCAUGUGACGCUUAUAUUGAUAGUGAGAAGGCAUAGAAAGCACUUAGUGGGACAUCUGCGGCAUGGCAGGCACACAAGUAAGCACAAUGCGUCCAAAAUCUCCGUUUGGCAGUCUAAUCCACCAAUAAAU